UUAAAGAAGAGAGGAAGUGAUAUUUUUGCACUUGCAAACUUCAAUUUCUCUUCUUCAAAUAGGUAUCUAUGGCUUCCUUAUGGAGUGGGGAGUAUUUUUUGUGAAGGGUGCUAAAGGUUUUGAUGGGUAAAUGGAGGAAGAUUCAAGCUUGAAGCUUGAAAAAAAAAUGGAGGAAGAGGGAACAAUGGUGGGCGGCACACAAGGGAGAGAGAAAAAGAAGAAGAUGCCUGCAUUUAGUGGGUGGGAUAUAUAUGGCACAUUUUUGCAUCUCUCGGGCAUAUGUGGCAGAAGGACAUUUUCCUUUGGCUAGUUUGGAACAGUAAAGCCACUGCUAUUUUCAAGCUCACUUGCAAAGAGGAACACCUGUUCAUGAAGCAAAUCUCACAUAUCCUCCCGUGGCUGCUUCUCUUCAUCCUUCACAGAGACUAAACGAAAGUGAUCUUAAUAAACCUAAGCAUCCUUUUUCUUCAUCACCAUCUCUGCCUGAUAAUUCUGAAAUCAUGACUUCACUGGAAAUGGAAACCUCUGAUAUUAACUCGGUUCAAACUCAUACACCAAAGGAAGAUGUUGAUGAUGCUGUUUUCUUGAGUUGGAAGGAUUUAUGGGUGACAGUUCGUGAUGGAAGACAUGGAAGCAGGUCAAUCCUUCAGGGUCUUACUGCUUAUGCCCAACCUGGAGAACUUCUUGCUAUAAUGGGUCCUUCAGGUUGUGGCAAGUCAACCCUUCUUGAUGCGUUAGCAGGGAGACUGAAUUCAAAUACAAUGCAAGCUGGAGAGAUCCUUAUCAAUGGCCACAAACAGGCACUUGCUUACGGAACAUCGGCUUAUGUGACGCAAGAUGAUAAUUUGGUCGCAACAUUAACAGUUAGAGAAGCGGUUUACUACUCAGCUCAGCUUCAAUUGCCAGACUCAAUGUCCAACUCAGAAAAGAAGGAGAGAGCAGAGAGGACAAUAAGAGAAAUGGGUUUACAAGAUGCCAUGAACACAAGAAUAGGAGGCUGGGGAGCUAAAGGCCUCAGUGGUGGCCAAAAGAGGAGAGUAAGCAUUUGCAUAGAGAUCUUAACACACCCAAAACUUCUCUUCCUUGAUGAACCCACAAGUGGCCUUGAUAGUGCAGCUUCAUAUUAUGUCAUGAGCAGAAUUGCUAGCUUGGGCAGGAAUAAUGGAAUCAGAAGAACUAUCAUUUUGUCCAUUCAUCAGCCUAGCAGUGAAGUCUUUCAGCUUUUUAACAAUCUUUGCCUCCUUUCUUCUGGUAAAAUGGUGUAUUUUGGUCCUGCUUCUGCAGCCAAUGAGUUCUUCACUUUGAAUGGCUUCCCUUGCCCAACCUAUCAGAACCCUUCUGAUCACUUCUUGAAAACCAUUAAUAGGGAUUUUGGAAGGGAUCUUGAGCAAGGAAUGGGUGAUGCAAUGCCUACAGAAGAAGUGAUUAAUACCCUCAUUCAAUCCUAUACAUCGUCUGAAACUUACCAAGACGUUCGAAAGAAAGUAGCAGAAAUAAAUACAGAGGAUUAUGGAGCAAUAUUGGAGAAGAAGAGAAGUCAUGCUAGUUUCCUUAAUCAAUUUCUUGUUCUUACAAGAAGAUCAUUUGUGAACAUGUACCGAGACAUAGGAUACUACUGGUUGCGCCUAUUUGUCUAUGUUGGAUUGGCUUUUGGUCUGGCCACCAUAUAUUAUGAUCUUGGCUCUAGCUAUGGUUCCAUCCAGGCUAGAGGUUCACUGCUUAUGUUCAUAUCUACAUUCCUCACGUUUAUGGCCAUUGGUGGAUUCCCUUCUUUCGUGGAAGAAAUGAAGGUAUUUGUACGAGAAAGAUUAAAUGGGCAUUAUGGAACCACUGCGUUUAUUUUUUCCAACACAUUCUCUUCCAUGCCAUUCUUGUUAGUGAUUUCUCUGAUUCCUGGAGCUAUAGCUUACUACCUUACUGGACUUCAAAAAGGAUUUGACCACUUUCUAUGCUUUGCUUCCAUAAUAUUUGCUUCUAUGAUAUUGGUAGAGAGUGUAAUGAUGGUUGUAGCAAGUAUUGUGCCUAAUUUUCUGAUGGGAAUUAUAGCUGGUGCUGGUAUUCAAGGCCUCAUGAUCUUAGGUGGUGGAUUUUUUCGGUUGCCCAAUGAUCUUCCAAAGCCAUUUUGGAAGUACCCUUUAUAUCACAUUGCCUUCCACAAGUAUGCAUACCAAGGAAUGUUCAAGAAUGAGUUUGAAGGGCUAAAAUUUCAGAGUAAUCAAGCUGCAGGAGGUAUUCCUCGCAUCAUCAAUGGUGAAGAAAUUCUGAGAGAUGUAUGGCAAGUGGAAAUGGGCUAUUCCAAAUGGGUUGAUGUUGUAAUCUUGCUUGGAAUGGCAAUUUUCUAUAGAUUUCUGUUCCUGAUAAUUAUCAAGACUUCUGAAACCAUCAAGCCUGUUAUUAUAGCUGCUACGGAAGUGCCUCCUAACGAAACAAUUCAUGGGGAGGCCUUGUAGAAUCAUAUAUGAAAUAAUUGUAAUCUUACUGUUUUGAAGGCAGGAACUUGUUUUAUUCAUGCUAGGUUGUAUGAUGCAACUUUAAGAAUGGAAAUGGAAUCUAGUGUUUGUGUA